UCUGGUCGUUUAGAGAACAAGUUACACACACAAAGUGAGAAGGAAACAAUUCGUGGUGCAAAUAAGAGAAAUAUUUUUUAAUUUAUAUUAAUAAAAAACAAAACAAUAGUAUUAACAACAAUUCAAUUCGGCAAAUACACACAAACAUAAACAAAAUGCACAGCGAUAAAUACAAGUGGUAAUUGAAAAUGAUGUGUGAUGUGACUCCAAAAGAAGUUUGUCUGCAUCCCCAUCGACCAACAUCAUCAUCAACAUCAGCAACAACAAAAGCAGCAGCAGCAGCAUCAUCGUAAGCUUUGGAUUCGACAUCGCAACAUACAACAUAACAUGAUGGUGGCCGUCCAUCCCAAUGUGUCACAUUUGAAUAACACAAAUACACACUUCGGCAGCAGGAAGAAUUCAUCUUCACCAGUAGCAGCAGCGUCCGUCAAGAACGAACACAAUGCCAUCAAAAGACAUCAUCGCAAGCGAAAACGAAAAUCGCUUCCCAUCCGUUUAUUACUCUAUGCCGUUUGCCUGCUGUGCCUGAGGCCAUUCCAGCAUGCAAUUGGGGUGGUGGGUGCAGCUAGCCCCUCAUCAUCUGCAUCGACAUCAGCUUUGUCGAAGAGCUCAAACUCGAAUACAACAAAUACUCAACAAAAUCAACAACAGUAUUCUCAUGCGGAUAUUGUGGCGCAGUUCACAUUGCCGCAAGCAACAACGAAUAAUUUUCAUUCAAUGACCCAGUCUCCAACGGCAGCCACCAACUUUAAGAAUGCCACACUGGCUUCGACUCCGGCCACGAAGGGCGCCUCGAAGAAUUACUUCACCCACUUGGCCUACGAUACAAAGCAGAAUGUCUUCUAUGCCGGAGCCACAAAUAAAAUUCUCCAACUCAAUGAAAAUCUGAGGGUUCUCAAGCAGGCCGUCACCGGCCCUCAGCGUGACUCUCCCCAGUGCCACGCCAGUGGUUGUUCAGAAGACGUUGAGACGUCAUUGGUGAAUAAUCAUAACAAAAUACUUAUUGUCAGUUACGCCCAAGGCGGUAUAUUGAUUGCCUGUGGCAGUGUAAGACAAGGAGCCUGUGAUAUUUACAAUUUAAAUCAUUUCCCCAACAAUCCACGAUUCAUCGAUAUUCCCCUGGCAGCCAAUGAUGAAUUUGCCUCCACAUACGCCUUCAUAGGUCCCUCAGAAUACUCCUGGAAGAAGGAGGACAUUUUGUAUGUUGGCACCACGUUCACCAAUGUAGGUGACUAUCGGCACGAUGUGCCAGCCAUUUCGUCGCGACGACUGGCCGAUUUGAACUACGCCGAAUUCGAGAUAAAACAGUCGAUCAUCAACAUAGAAGUCAAGUAUCGGGAUCACUUUUUGGUCAAUUAUAUUUAUGGGUUCAACUCAUCGGAGUAUGUUUAUUUUGCCAUUGUACAGAAGCGCUCACACCUGGCGGAGGAGGCGGGAUAUGUGACGCGUUUGGCACGCAUUUGUAUAACAGACUCCAACUACGACAGCUACACAGAAAUAACCAUCCAAUGUUUGGCUACACAGGACAAUGAGGAUUACAAUAUUCUACGGGAUGCCAAGAUAACGGCGGCUGGACAGAAAUUGGCCCAGCAGAUGGGCAUCAAACGCGGUGAUCACGUUUUAGUGGCUGCAUUCUCACCCUCAAAAGACAUAACAAAUCAGCCUGAUGACAGAUCAGCAUUGUGCAUUUAUAGUUUAAAGGAAAUCGAGGAAGCAUUUAAUGAAAACAUCCACCUCUGCUUUAAUGGUACUGUUAAGGAUCGAAAUCUGGGCUACAUCUCGGGUACCAUAGACGAUGGGCGAUGCCCAAGAGCUUCGGGCAAUGUAUACAGUUUUUGCAACGUUGGGCUAAAGAUAAGCGGUGUUGCACCCAUAGCUGCUCAUGCCCUAUUCCAUUUCGACAAUGUCUCCGUAACAUCUGUAUCGACAACCACAACAGGUCCCCAUUCUUUGGCAUUUUUGGGUACAGAAGACGGCUCAAUAAAGAAGGUAUUACUGUCGGGAAACCAUCCCGGAGAAUAUGAUGAAAUUAUGGUGGAUCCUGGCAAUCGUAUCUUACAAGAUACCAUACUCUCGCCCAACAAGGAUUUCAUCUAUGUCUUGUCCAAGAAUAAGGUGACAAAAAUGCGCAUGGAGCACUGUUCACAGUACACAAAUUGUACAUCUUGUUUAGAGUCGAGAGAUCCAUUCUGUGGUUGGUGUUCUUUGGAAAAACAUUGUACGGUGAGGUCGACUUGUCAGAAGGAUACCUCCGCAGAACGUUGGCUCUCCCUGGGUAGUGGGCAGCAAUGCAUAGACUUUGAGUCCAUAUUGCCAGACAAAAUACCAAUAACGGAGGUAAUUCAGGUCCAGUUGGUGAUCCGAACUCUGCCAGAACACUACAGUGGUAAAUACCGAUGUGUUUUCGGUAAUUCUACACCCAUUGAUGCCGAGGUAUUGGAGAAUGGCUUGGCUUGUAUGACACCGCCACCAGAAGAACGCCCAUUAAUACCUCCAAACAUGGAUCAUGUCUCAGUGCCAUUGUCAGUGCGAAGCUCGGAGACAAAUAAAGAUUUCGUUUCCAGGUCAUUCACCUUUUUCGAUUGUACGCGCCACAACACCUGCCAGACUUGCGUCCAUAGUCCGUGGGAUUGUAAUUGGUGCAUCUAUGACAACAAGUGCAUGCACAAAAUGCAGAAGUGUCGCAGUCUAGAAAAGGUUAUAACCAGGGAGAACGAAUGUCCCCACAUGCGUCGUCUGCGAGAACCGAUCCUGCUGCCGGUAAAAGUACCCAAGGAAAUACGUUUUGAAAUCGAGAACUUGCCCAAGCCGAAGAAUGCCGCCUUUGGCUUCCUGUGCACAGUACAAAUAGAGGCGGCCCAGAUGAUGUUGCCGGCACGCAUUGAAUCCAAUCGGAUUGUGGUGUGCGAGAAGACGCCCUACUUCUAUGAGGCCAACACAAUCGAAUAUCAAGCCCGAGUUGAUAUCACCUGGAACAGACAACAUUACAUAGAUACUGCCUAUGUAACGCUCUACAAAUGUGAUGUACUGGGUUCACAUCGGGAACACGCCGACUGCAGCUUGUGCGUGACCAGAGAUCCCAAAUAUCAGUGUACCUGGUGUGGUAAUACCUGUGCCUACAAUGAGACCUGUCCCCCAUCCUCGCUAGACCAUGAUUCCAGUUCAUCGGCCACCUCGACAUUAUCGUCUCUCCUGACCUCACCCAGUCAUGGUUUGGGCUAUCACAAGUUCACAGAUUGUCCAAAACCACGAAUCGACAUGAUCAAGCCUUUGUUUGGACCCAUAGAGGGCGGAACACUCAUCACAAUAGAAGGCAGUAAUUUGGGUAUACGAGAAGAAGAUGUCAGAGGCAAAAUAUCCAUAGGAUCUGUCCCCUGUGAGUUGGUCAAUUAUGAAAUCUCCGUUAAAAUUGAGUGCCGCACAGGAGCGGUAAGCCAUGAAUUGACGGCGCCGGUGAAGGUAUUCAACGAAGCCGGGUUCACCGAAUCAAGUGUGCAGUUCCAAUUCAAAGAUAUACAGUUGACAGGCUUGACGCCGACCAGAGGCCCCAAGUCUGGUGGCACGCAGAUUUCCCUUAUUGGAAAGUAUUUGAACAUAGGCUCGAAUAUAAAGGCUUACUUGGAUGAGUAUGAAUGUCAUAUUAACAUUACACAAGUGUCCUCGUCCCGCCUAACUUGCAUUACCUCCGAAGCGACACAACCAGAACCCAUACGCAUGUUACGUCUCAUUGUUGAUGGGGCAAAUCGAACCUAUACUUGCCAGAAUCCACCUCACCACCAGCAACAGCCACAAAGGCAACCAUUUAGUUCGGUGUACGAUUCAUUCCACAACAACUACAAUUAUUUAUUGCCCUCAUUGACCAGGCCCUGUUCCAUCUUUAAUUACACUCAGGAUCCAACUAUUAUGGAGAUAAAGCCACUGAUUAGCUUCGCUGGUGGCGGCCGUCUUCUAACCGUCCACGGCAUGUAUUUGGAUUCCAUACAGAAGCCGGAACUGGAGGUUUACUAUGAAAAUGAACGACUAAACAAAACAUCCUGUGUGGUAAUAAACUCCAGUCAAAUGGAAUGUCCCUCGCCGGCUGUGUCCAAACAAUUUCUUGAGUACAAACUUAUGCUGGAGCAGCAAAGAGACCAAGACUACAAUCAGGCCCCAGCAGCUGCAUCGUCCACAUCAACAGGAUAUCAUUUGAUACGAAAACGAAACAACUAUCCGUUUGGCAGCGAUACUUCAGACAUCUACAGCACCAUUAGCACCAACAGUCGUUAUCACGAAAGUAAACUGUAUCAAGCGCAGGAUGUUGCCGCGUUCGUCAAGAUAAGAGAGACGCAGCUAAAUCUGCAGUUGGGUUUCAACAUGGAUAAUGUGCAGUGUGUUCGCGAUCUGAGUAAAUAUUUCCCCAGUUUACGUAGCACCAUUGUUUACUUCCAAGAUCCCAAGUACCAUGCAUUCCCCGAUAAUUUGAAGCUCUACAAAGGCGAUACAUUGGUGAUCGAAGGAGAGUUGCUGAAUAUUGCAGCCGAUGAAUCGGAUGUGAAUGUCACCAUAGGCACCGCCCAAUGCAACAUAACCAGUCUGACAAUGACGCAGCUGCUGUGUACGCCACCAGAGAAACAACCUGCCGGCACUGAUGAGAACAAUGUGGCUCAAUCCAAUGACUUGCCAUUGGUGGUGGUGACCGUCGGACGCAACCUACGCUUUGUCAUAGGACACAUCAAAUACGAUAUACUUAAGCCCUUUACCUUUUCGCAUGCCAUGUGGGUGAUCAUCUUCACCAUUCUAAUUGUACUUAUUUUGCUGAUCGCAGCCUUCUUUAUAUACCGUCGUAAAUCCACUCAGGCCGAGCGGGAGUAUAAACGCAUACAAAUCCAAAUGAUAACGCUGGAGAGCAAUGUACGCUCCGAAUGCAAGCAGGCAUUUGCUGAACUGCAAACUGAUAUGAGCGACCUCACUGCCGAUCUGGAGACCACCGGUAUACCCACUCUGGAUCACGUCAAUUACAUUAUGAAGGUCUUCUUCCCCGGUGUCACCGAUCAUCCGAUACUCAACUCGCCCAAAAUGCGUAUGAACAACUUCCAUACGAACUAUGACACUGCCAUGAUUCAAUUCGAACAACUGAUUAGCAAUAAGUAUUUUGUACUGACCUUCAUCGAGACACUGGAAGCCCAGAAGUCGUUCAACAUACGCGAUAAGGUGAACGUGGCCUCGUUGCUGAUGAUUGUGUUGAUGAACAAAAUGGAAUAUGCCACGGAAAUCCUUAAAUGUCUGCUGCUACGGCUGGUGGACAAGUCGGUGUGCAACAAAUAUCCCCAACUGAUGUUGCGCCGCACCGAGAGUGUGGUGGAGAAGAUGCUUACCAACUUUAUGGCCAUUUGCAUGUAUGACUACUUGAAGGAAUACGCCGGCUCGAGUCUCUUCUUGCUCUUCAAGGCCAUAAAACAUCAAAUCGAAAAAGGUCUGGUGGAUGCCAUCACACAUGAUGCCCGUUAUUCGCUGUCCAAGGAGAAGCUGCUGCACGAACAAAUACCACACAAUGUGGUGGUACUUAACAUCAUUCAGGAUGAUUUGGACGAGAAGGUGCAAUGCAAGGUACUCGACUGGGACACAAUAACCCAGGUGAAAUCGAAAAUCUUGGAUGCCCUCUUCAAAAAUACACCCUUCUCGAUGAGACCCUCCGUGCACGAGGUGGAUUUGGAAUGGCGUCAUGGCCGUGAUGGCCACCUGAUAUUGCAAGAUGAAGACCUAACAACGAAAACCAUUAAUGGCUGGAAGCGGUUGAACACCCUGGCGCACUAUGGCGUCAAAGAAUCGGCCGUGAUGAGUUUAGUGGCUCGCCAAAAUGAUUGCAACAACAUGGCCUAUGGCAAACAGUAUCAGCCGCCCUACAACAAUUUCUACUUCAUCAACAAUUCACAGUCCCACAUUAUCAUGAACAAUGAUAUUGAGUCGGGCCUUCAACAGCCGCGCGUCUAUCACUUAGUUAAGCCCCUGCUGCCCGAUCAUUAUAUGAAUAUCAAAAACUCCGCCAUAUCGGGUGGCAAUGGCUCGGCCAAUGGAGAGCCCAUACACAAGACAAUACCCGAGGUCUAUUUGACCCGUCUGUUGGCAGCUAAAGGCACAGUACAAAAGUUUGUGGACGAUUUCUUUGCCACCAUUCUGACAGUUAACGAAGAACUGCCGCCGGCAGUGAAGUGGUUAUUCGAUUUGCUGGAUGAGGCGGCGCGCCGUCACGACAUCUACGAUCCGGACAUUGUGCAUGCCUGGAAAUCGAAUAGUCUGCCAUUGCGGUUUUGGGUUAAUUUCAUCAAAAACCCCGAUUUCAUAUUCGAUGUAAAUAAAACCGUAACCGUAGAUGCGAGUCUCAGCGGCAUUGCGCAGGCCUUUAUGGAUGCCUGCUCCACCACGGAACAUCGUCUGGGCAAGGAUUCACCCUCCAAUAAAUUAUUAUUUGCUAAGGAUAUACCACAGUAUCGGAAAAUGGUCAAGCAGUUUUACAGCGACGUGGCUCGCCUGCCGCAAAUCAGCGACAUGGAAAUGAGCGCCGCCAUGCAUCAUCUGUCCAUACAGCAGAACGAUGAGUUUGACACCAUAGCGGCGCUCAAGGAACUGUACAUAUACGUUACCAAAUAUAAUGAACAGAUAACGGAUGCCUUAGAAAAUGAUAUUAAUUGUAAGAAAAUGUAUCUGGCCCACAAACUGAAGAAUGUUGCAUUUACCCUGGAUGGUGAUGAGACAUCAGCUUGCUGACACUCGCUGGAGGAUACGGACUUGAUAUUAAAUAAAUUAUGGAAUGUGAUGUGACUUUCCAAAAUCCCAAGCAUUUGAUGUUCAAUGUAUGCAAUGGAUGGGAGAACCGGAAGAAGGGAAAAACAUAAUAAUGUAUGAGAAGAAGGAGCAAGGAGCAGGAGUAUAGUGCGAGUCAGCAUGAAUUUUACAAAAUGAAUCUUAAAACAAAAAUGAAAAAAGUCGAAGUUGAAUAAGAUUAAGAGAAAGAAACACACAAAACAAAACAAAAAACAAUUGAAACAUAAAACAAGCCAUUAUGUAUUUACAGUAGUCGACUUCCUAUGAAUAUUUUAGGAAAUACACAACAACAACAAAAAAACACACACACAAACAAACACAAAAACAAAAUUACAUUUAUUUUUUCAGUUCGCCAAACUUAUAGACUGCAUAAAAUGACUUUUCAAAUAAAAAUGUAUUUGUGCAAUUGA